GUCAGCUAGUGAGCGAGCAGAGAGAGAGAGAGAGGAGGAGGAGGAGGAGGAGAAGAAGAAGAGAGGGGCUAAAACUGUCAAUUCAGAUGAAAUUUAUGGAAGGUCGUCGUUCAAAAGGCGUUGGCUCUCCUUCUCUCUCCCCUGAACUCUCCCCUCUCUAUUUAUGCCGGACGAAGGGCGGGAGAGGUUGUCAAACUGCGAGCGAGCAACGAAGCGGGAGAGCAAGCAUAGAUAGCAAAGGAAGAUAGAGAGAGGCAAAGCCUCAAAGGAGAAAGAAGGAGAAGCAAAGAAACCCUCUGGUCCUCCUCCAGUUAUUGAAUGAUUCGGAGUUUCUAGCGGCCACUUUCAGGCUUAUCUGGCUACAAAGGGAAGCAAUACAUAAUGAAGGCAGAGUGUGCACCUGAGCUACUGAGAUGUCAUGAGCCUUCAAAUGUGAAGGAGAAUGGCGAAAUUGGUGUGACAAAUGAAGCCCUUUCCUCUGAUGAAAAAGAGGAAACCAAGAAAUGUGUCUCUGAAGUUGUUCCUGGGUGGUUUUCUGUGUUCCCCAUGUCAUGUUCAGGAGAUCAGAGUGUCCAGUUCUAUCACAACCCCAUGUGGUCUGGAGAGGCACAGUCACUGAAAGUGGAGAAAAUUUUAUAUCAAGGGAAAUCAAAAUAUCAAGAAAUUAUGGUCUUUGAGUCAACAUCAUAUGGAAAAGUGCUUGUGCUUGAUGGCAUUGUUCAAUUGUCGGAGAAGGAUGAAUGUGCCUACCAAGAGAUGAUAGCUCAUAUUCCACUUUGUUCAAUCAAAUCUCCAAAAAAUGUUUUGGUUGUUGGAGGUGGUGAUGGUGGUGUUCUUAGGGAAAUCUCUAGGCAUCCAUCUGUUGAACGCAUUGAUAUAUGUGAAAUCGAUGAAAUGGUCAUUAAUGUAUCCAAGCAAUUUUUCCCAGAUUUGUACAUAGGGUUUGAGGAUCCUCGUGUUCAUCUACAUGUUGGUGAUGCAACAGAAUUUUUGAGGGAUGCACCAAGUGGAACUUAUGAUGUAAUCAUUGUUGAUUCUUCGGAUCCAAUUGGUCCUGCUGUGGAACUUGUUGAAACACCAUUCUUCGUUUCAACUGCUAGGGCUUUAAGGCCAGGAGGCAUCCUUAUUAAUCAGAUGGAGAGCAUGUGGUUAGGGAAACAACUUAUCCGAGACAUUCUCACGAACUGCCGUGUUGUGUUUAAGGGCUCAGUUCGUUAUGCCUGGACAAGUGUCCCAACAUAUCCUAGUGGGGUGAUUGGAUUCUUGGUUUGCUCAACAGAAGGUGGUGAACCUAACAAUUUAUUGGAACCUGUUAACCCAAUUGAGAGGCUAGAAGGUUCCACAAACUCAAAGCGGGAAUUGAAAUUCUACAACUCGGAGAUGCACAGAGCAGCCUUUGCAUUGCCAGCCUUUAUGAAGAGGGAGGUGCAAGGACUACUUCACUGGUGAGGCCAUCUCGAGCAAGGAUAAGGAGUUGAGAAUUUCUCUUUGAAGUAUAGUAAAUCGUUCUGAACAAUAAUUCGUUGGCCCAAUUAAAUGAUAGAAGAGUUCGGCAUUUGGAACUGAGUUACAAAGUGUGUGAAUUUUAUAAUGCGAUGUUCCUCAUCAGGAAGUUAUUGUUGCUAUUGUCAUCACUAUUGUUUAUCAAUGUCAUUCUGAUUAUAGUUA